GAGAUUCAAAUAACCUACACUACCUCCAGCGGCCCAGGUGGUCAGCAUGUCAACAGAAGUCAUACUAGAGUUCAGGAGUCGCACCGCAUAACUAAGGACGGUCAUUUCAUUAUUCACUCCGACAGAACUCGGUAUCAGCUCCUUAAUCAAGCUGAUUGCCUUGAACGCAUUCGACGAAUGAUAAGGGAGCGCUUAGCUGAGUUGAAAAAGCCAGAGGUGUCUGCGGAAACAUUAGAAAAGCAUCGGAAGUGUCGUAUUCGAGAAAACGAAAAGCGUUUGGCUGUCAAGCGUACUGAUUCUAUGACUAAAGCCUAUCGACAAAGACCGUCCCAGUGGGAUUUAUAA